AUGUCAAGAGAACCAAUUAAUUUUAAUUUUUCAGAAUUAACAUCUGUAAUUGAUGAAUAUAUAUGUCCAAUUUGUUUUGAAACAUAUUAUAAAAAAGAAAUUUAUCAAUGUAGACAAGGUCAUUGUUCGUGUAAAGAUUGCUGGGAAAAAUCAUUUGAAAAAAAAAAGGAAUGUAUGACAUGUAAAAUACAAGUAAAUUCUUUUAAUGAACUCUCAAGAAAUAGAUUGCUCGAGAACUUGUUAUUAAAAACAGAUGUAUGUUGUCCAUAUUCAUUCAGAAAUAUUAUUAGAGUAGAUGAAAGUGAAGAAUUAAUAAAAGAAAGCAAUGGGUGUAAAGAAAUUAUUAAAUUGGAAGAAUUAGACAAUCAUAUUGAAAAAUGUAGUUUUAGAUUUGUAAAAUGUGAAUAUCAUGAAAAAGGAUGCAAUGAUAAAAUCAGAUAUAAUGAAAAUGAAAUCCAUAUUUCCAAAUGUGAAUAUCAAUCAUUAAAUUGUACACAUUGUUCUAAUGUUUACUUAUUAAAAACAAUCGAACAACAUUAUCUCGAAUGUCCUUCAAUGUUAAUAGACUGUUUUGUAUGUGAAGAAAAAAUAAAAAGAGGAGAAAUGUAUAAUCAUUUAGAUAUAGAAUGUCAAGAGGUAACCAUUUCAUGUAAAUUUUCACAAUUUGGAUGCAAUGAUAAAAUAAAAAGAUGUAAUUUAGAAAAUCAUUUAGAUCAAAUAAACCACACCAAAUAUUUAAGUACAGCAAUAGAUGGUUUGAGUACAUCAAUAGAACAUUUAAACAUUAAAAAUAAUCUACUUUCAAAUAGUAUUGAUGAAUUAACCAAAAAUAAUGAACUUUUAAUUAUUAAAAAUAAACAACUUUCAAAUAGUAUUGAUGAAUUAACUAAAGAAUAUAAAAAUAAAUGGAUAAUUUCCAACUAUUCCAAAAUUAACCAUAAUGUCGGUGAUAGUUUGAUAUCACCUAAAUUUGGAAAAGCUCCAAAUUUAUUUGAAAUCAAAUUAUAUAAAAAUGGAGAAGAUAACACAUUUAUUGGAAAAAUAGGUAUAUAUCUUCGUCCCACAAGAGAACAAAAAAACAUAACAUUCUCAAUAACUUUAUUAAAUAAAGAUUCUAAAAAGAAUGAUACUCUUAAAUACAAUAAUGAAAUAACAAAUAAUGGAUGGGGAUGGCGAGAAUUUAUAAAAUGUGAUAAAUUAAAUAAAGAAAACGGAUAUGUAACAGAAGAUGACAAAUUACAAUUUGAAUUUACACUUACAUAUCCUAAACCAAUGCCAUUGUUAUCAAAUUAA